GAUCGUGAGAACAACCCCCUGCGUUAAUCAAGUCCCCAUUUACCUGGUAGGUACUAAUUAAACUGCUUCUCUUCCGUUACCUGUACCUGCACGCAUUCAAGAACCGGUAACCAAGGGAUUGUUUUUAUCCACACCUAUACAGCUAGGGAUUCGAGGCUUGUAUCACAACGGCUUGAAAUCUUGUCAGGAGAAGUACGUGGUUCUUACCACCUAUACAACUAAGGAUUCGAGGCUAGUAUCACAACGGCUUGAAAUCUUGUCAGGAGAAGUACGUGGUUCUUACCUGUUAACAGGAUUUCUUUAUAGUUGUUUGGUUUCUGAAAUCCUUUCUUGUGCUGUGUCAAGAACGCUACCGAAGAAACAAAAAAAACUAUUUUGGAUCGUUUGUGUUUUAUCCAAGUCGGAGUGUACAAUGUGACCAUCUAAUCCUGUGAGUUUUUAUAUAUUUUUAUAAAAAAAACAUUGUAAAUAUAUUACAACAAGAGACCGUGUAUUUAAAACAACUGACGCAGUCCAGUAAGUCGGAUUAAGUGCUUAGGAAAGAUGGGUAUUCCUCACUGUGGAAACGUUUUGGGUAAGAUGGAUAUUGCAGUUACCCUUGUGUUUAUCGUGCUUGUGAAUCACGCUGUCAGGACUAAACAGUCAGCUUCCGUGUCAGAUAUAUCAAUGACUAUGAGUGACAUGUCUACUGUGUCAGAGACGGGAUCUAUGUCACUCCCCUCCCAGAUGGCGAGCUACGACUCAUCAGCUAGUCUUGAUAGUAGUGGUAUGUCAUUGACGUAUUCCAUGGACUCGUCAUCCAGUAGUGUAGAUAUGAGUAGCAUUUCAGGUAUAUAUGCUAGUGACACUUCGAGUUACGUCAUGGGAAGCCAGGAUUCUUCAAGUAUGUGGGGCAGCGAUUCAUCGUCAAUGACGGUAUCAACAGACAUGAUGGCAAGCAUCUCUCAAAACACCAUCAGCACGGUGUCGUCUCCUGGAGACUAUUCGAUGUCAAGUGACCCAAGCAUGAUGCCCAGUAUGUCAUAUGGAAGUUCCAUGUCAAGUGACCCUAGCAUGAUGCCCAGUAUGUCAUAUGGAAGUUCCACAAUGUCAAGUGACUCGAGCAUAAUGCCCAGUAUGUCAUAUGGAAGUUCUAUGUCAAGUGACCCUAGCAUGAUGCCCAGUAUGUCAUAUGGAAGUUCCAUGUCAAGUGACUCGAGCAUAAUGCCCAGUAUGUCAUAUGGAAGUUCCAUGUCAAGUGACCCAAGCAUGAUGCCCAGUAUGUCAUAUGGAAGUUCCAUGUCAAGUGACCCAAGCAUGAUGCCCAGUAUGUCAUAUGGAAGUUCCAUGUCAAGUGACCCAAGCAUGAUGCCCAGUAUGUCAUAUGGAAGUUCCAUGUCAAGUGACUCGAGCAUGAUGCCCAGUAUGUCAUAUGGAAGUUCCAUUUUAAGUGACUCGAGCAUGAUGCCCAGUAUGUCAUAUGGAAGUUCCAUGUCAAGUGACCCAAGCAUGAUGCCCAGUAUGUCAUAUGGAAGUUCCAUGUCAAGUGACUCGAGCAUGAUGCCUAGUAUGUCAUAUGGAAGUUCCAUGUCAAGUGACUCGAGCAUGAUGCCCAGUAUGUCAUAUGGAAGUUCCAUGUCAAGUGACCCAAGCAUGAUGCCCAGUAUGUCAUAUGGAAGUUCCAUGUCAAGUGACUCGAGCAUGAUGCCUAGUAUGUCAUAUGGAAGUCCCAUGUCAAGUGACUCGAGCAUAAUGCCCAGUAUGUCAUAUGGAAGUUCCACAAUGUCAAGUGACCCCAGCAUGAUGCCCAGUAUGUCAUAUGGAAGUUCCACAAUGUCAAGUGACCCUAGCAUGAUGCCCAGUAUGUCAUAUGGAAGUUCUAUGUCAAGUGACCCAAGCAUGAUGCCCAGUAUGUCAUAUGGAAGUUCCAUGUCAAGUGACCCAAGCAUGAUGCCCAGUAUGUCAUUUGGAAGUUCAAUGUCAAGUGAUUCGAGCAUGAUGCCCAGUAUGUCAUAUGGAAGUUCCACAAUGUCAAGUGACCCUAGCAUGAUGCCCAGUAUGUCAUAUGGAAGUUCCAUGUCAAGUGACUCGAGCAUGAUGCCCAGUAUGUCAUAUGGAAGUUCCAUGUCAAGUGACCCUAGCAUGAUGCCCAGUAUGUCAUAUGGAAGUUCUAUGUCAAGUGACCCCAGCAUGAUGCCCAGUAUGUCAUAUGGAAGUUCCAUGUCAAGUGACUCGAGCAUGAUGCCCAGUAUGUCAUAUGGAAGUUCCACAAUGUCAAGUGAUUCGAGCAUGAUGCCCAGUAUGUCAUAUGGAAGUUCCACAAUGUCAAGUGACCCAAGCAUGAUGCCCAGUAUGUCAUAUGGAAGUUCCAUGUCAAGUGACCCCAGCAUGAUGCCCAGUAUGUCAUAUGGAAGUUCCACAAUGUCAAGUGACUCGAGCAUGAUGCCCAGUAUGUCAUAUGGAAGUUCCACAAUGUCAAGUGACCCAAGCAUGAUGCCCAGUAUGUCAUAUGGAAGUUCCACAAUGUCAAGUGACCCUAGCAUGAUGCCCAGUAUGUCAUAUGGAAGUUCCAUGUCAAGUGACCCAAGCAUGAUGCCCAGUAUGUCAUAUGCAAGUUCUAUGUCAAGUGACUCGAGCAUGAUGCCCAGUAUGUCAUAUGGAGGUUCUAUGUCAAGUGACUCGAGCAUGAUGCCCAGUAUGUCAUAUGGAAGUUCCAUGUCAAGUGACCCCAGCAUGAUGCCCAGUAUGUCAUAUGGAAGUUCCAUGUCAAGUGACUCGAGCAUGAUGCCCAGUAUGUCAUCGUCAUCACCACUGGCUAGUUCCUCGUCAAUGCCACAAAUGUCGUCGUCAUCACCAGCGACUAGUUCUUCUUCUGCGCCACCAAUGUCGUCGCCGUCACCACUGGCUAGUUCCUCAUCAAUGCCACCAAUGUCAUCGUCAUCACCACUGCCAAGUUCCUCAUCAAUGCCACCAAUGUCAUCGUCAUCACCACUGGCAAGUUCCUCAUCAGUGCCACCAAUGUCGUCGUCAUCACCACUGGCUAGUUCCUCAUCAAUGCCACAAAUGUCGUCGUCAUCACCACUGCCAAGUUCCUCAUCAAUGCCACCAAUGUCGUCGUCAUCACCACUGCCAAGUUCCUCAUCAAUGCCACCAAUGUCGUCGUCAUUACCACUGGCAAGUUCCUCAUCAAUGCCACCAAUGUCGUCGUCAUUACCACUGGCAAGUUCCUCAUCAAUGCCACCAGUGUCGUCGUCAUCACCACUGGCUAGUUCCUCAUCAAUGCCACCAGUGUCGUCGUCAUCACCACUGGCUAGUUCCUCACCAAUGCCACCAAUGUCGUCGUCAUCACCACUGGCUAGUUCCUCAUCAAUGCCACCAAUGUCGUCGUCAUCACCACUGGCAAGUUCCUCAUCAAUGCCACCAAUGUCGUCGUCAUCACCACUGGCUAGUUCCUCAUCAAUGCCACCAGUGUCGUCGUUAUCACCACUGGCAAGUUCCUCAUCAAUGCCACCAAUGUCGUCGUCAUCACCAGCGGCAAGUUCCUCAUCAAUGCCACCAAUGUCGUCGUCAUCACCAGCUGCUAGUUCCUCAUCAAUGCCACAAAUGUCGUCGUCAUCACCAGCGGCUAGUUCUUCUUCUGCGCCAUCGAUGUCGUCGUCAUCACCACCGCCUAGUUCCUCAUCAGUGCCACCAAUGUCGUCGUCAUCACCACUGGCAAGUUCCUCAUCAAUGCCACCAAUGUCGUCGUCAUCACCAGUGGCUAGUUCCUCAUCAAUGCCACCAGUGUCGUCGUCAUCACCACUGGCUAGUUCCUCAUCAAUGCCACCAAUGUCGUCGUCAUCACCACUGGCUAGUUCUUCUUCUGCGCCACCAAUGUCGUCGUCAUCACCACUGCCAAGUUCCUCAUCAAUGCCACCAAUGUCGUCGUCAUCACCACUGGCUAGUUCCUCAUCAAUGCCACCAAUGUCGUCGUCAUCACCAGCUGCUAGUUCCUCAUCAAUGCCACCAAUGUCGUCGUCAUCACCAGCUGCUAGUUCCUCAUCAAUGCCACCAAUGUCGUCGUCAUCACCAGCUGCUAGUUCCUCAUCAAUGCCACCAAUGUCGUCGUCAUCACCAGCGGCUAGUUCCUCAUCAAUGCCACUAAUGUCGUCGUCAUCACCACUGGCAAGUUCCUCAUCAAUGCCACCAAUGUCGUCGUCAUCACCACUGGCAAGUUCCUCAUCAAUGCCACCAGUGUCGUCGUCAUCACCAGCUGCUAGUUCCUCAUCAAUGCCACCAAUGUCGUCGUCAUCACCACUGGCUACUUCUUCUUCUGCACCACCAAUGUCGUCGUCAUCACCACUGGCAAGUUCCUCAUCAAUGCCACCAAUGUCGUCGUCAUCACCAGCUGCUAGUUCCUCAUCAAUGCCACCAAUGUCGUCGUCAUCACCAGCGGCUAGUUCCUCAUCAAUGCCACUAAUGUCGUCGUCAUCACCACUGGCAAGUUCCUCAUCAAUGCCACCAAUGUCGUCGUCAUCACCACUGGCAAGUUCCUCAUCAAUGCCACCAGUGUCGUCGUCAUCACCAGCUGCUAGUUCCUCAUCAAUGCCACCAAUGUCGUCGUCAUCACCACUGGCUAGUUCUUCUUCUGCACCACCAAUGUCGUCGUCAUCACCACUGGCAAGUUCCUCAUCAAUGCCACCAAUGUCGUCGUCAUCACCACUGGCAGGUUCCUCAUCAAUGCCACCAGUGUCGUCGUCAUCACCAGCUGCUAGUUCUUCUUCUGCACCACCAAUAUCGUCGUCAUCACCACUGGCAAGUUCCUCAUCAAUGCCACCAAUGUCGUCGUCAUCACCACUGGCAGGUUCCUCAUCAAUGCCACCAGUGUCGUCGUCAUCACCAGCUGCUAGUUCUUCUUCUGCACCACCAAUGUCGUCGUCAUCACCACUGGCAAGUUCCUCAUCAAUGCCACCAGUGUCGUCGUCAUCACCAGCUGCUAGUUCUUCUUCUGCACCACCAAUGUCGUCGUCAUCACCACUGGCAAGUUCCUCAUCAAUGCCACCAGUGUCGUCGUCAUCACCAGCUGCUAGUUCUUCUUCUGCGCCACCAAUGUCGUCGUCAUCACCACUGGCUAGUUCCUCAUCAACAGCCCCAAUGUCGUCCUCACCAGCGGCUAGUUCCUCGUCAACACCACUGGCUAGUUCCUCAUCAACACCACCAACAUCAUCGUCAACACCAGUGCCUAGUUCCUCGUCAACACCAGUGGGAGAUUCCUCGUCAACACCACAAACGUCAUCGUCAACACCAGCGGCUAGUUCCUCGUCAACAGCCCCAAUGUCAUCGUCAACACCAGCUGCCAGUUCCUCGUCAACAGCCCCAAUGUCAUCGUCAACACCAGUGGCUAGUUCCUCGUCAACAGCCCCAACGUCAUCGUCAACACCAGCUGCCAGUUCCUCGUCAACAGCCCCAUUGUCAUCGUCAUCACCAGCUGAAACAUCAACGGCAUCUCAAGAUUCUCUAUCAGCAUCCGCAACAAGCACACCCUCUACACCAGCAACGUCAUCAGCAUCGUCUACCAUAGCACCGGGAUCAACGGAAGCGUCUGCUACUGCAACCACAUCCACAGAAAUAAUGCCAUCAACCACAAUGAUGACAUUAACAUCCACGGUCGCUGACACGUCAACCUCUGUAGCCAUCUCCCCAUCUUCUGUGUCAGUCGUCCCUUCGUCAUCAAUUGUCAUAGACUUCAGCGGUUUCUACGGCUGCUUCCAACAACGAGGCAUCAACUUCUUGGCCAAGUAUGAAGUCUACAACAAAGUAUACUGUGCUGCUACCACGAUCCCUGCAAUUGGAGGUAAACUAGCAAACCUUACCCUCCCGGAUGGCAAUGUGACAACCAUAGACUUAAGUCCCGUGUCGUCAUCUGUACUUGCUACCGCUAGUGCCGCUCUCUCAAGCAGCAGCCCAAACUGUUCAGCGUAUGACUUUAGCGGACAAUCCAAUGCAGAAAUACUAUCUGGUCUCCAAACAGAUGUUCAAGCAGCAAUAACGUUCUUCACUUCUCAAGCUUCCACCGAAGUAGAUCAGGCAGCAUUGUGUGGCGUCAACGUCCUCGGCAGCCAAGCAUCGACGUACACCAGCACCAUCGACACAUACAAGACAGCUGCCAAGGCUCAGAUAGCGGAGUUCAAGACGUACUUCGAGGCCCUGCUGGCUGCACUUAAGGAAGUGACUGGUUGUACGGGAACAUUAGACUGCGCCGGUGUAUGUAACGGCCAGGCUUUGUUUCACUCCACCUGCAACAUCUGCUACGGUGGAACCGCCAAUGUCAGUGCUGUCAGCGACUUCCUGGACUGCAAUGGACAAUGUCAAGGGGACGCUACCACCAACAACUGCGGGGAGUGUUACGGCGGCACCACGGGUCGCAACAUCACCUACGGAGUGGACAGUUGUAACGGGCAGUGUACGACCAGGCCCGGCUACGUCACCAGCACCGACUGCAACAACGAAUGUAACGGAACAGCCAUCAUAGACAGCUGCUCAGGGCAAUGUGUCGGUGGGUCAACGGGCAAAAGUGCUGCAGAGUUCAGAGACUGCAACAAUAAUUGCAACGGCACCAGUGUCAACGACACAUGUGGUUUCUGUGUAGCAGCGUCGGCGGCGGCCGGCGUCACAGGGAGUCAAUACAAGGACUGCAACAACGACUGCUAUACGCCAGGUACACUGGCUCAGAUGGCAUCCAACAACACGUGCCAGGUGUGUGUCGGCGGCUCGACAGGCAACGCGGCAACAGCGGGAAUGGACGCUUGCGGCGUCUGUAGCGGCGACAACUCCACCUGUACCGAUUGUAGCGGAACUGUGAAUGGAGGGAAAUUGAUUGACCCUUGCGGGGUGUGCGGCGGUGACGGCACUACUUGUCUCGUUGUGACGUCAGUCAGCCCCGAUUAUGUCCCGCCACAAACCGUAAAGACGAUCAAAGUUGGCGGCGCUGGGUUAGGUAGGACAACCAUAGAGUGUGUCGCCAUUAGUCAGGCUACCAACGCUGAAACCAGUUUGACAACCAUCCAGAAGACACCUCAAGAAAUUACCCUAUCUCUUCCCGCCUUAGUUGCAGCUAUGUACAAUAUAUCCUGCCGUCUUGGUGCCGCUGGAUCUCUCGCCUCCACCACGGCCAUUCUGACAGUGUAUGACUCAAGUGCGACCGUGACCUCUGUGACCCCAACCCAGUUCACUAUUUCCGGGUCAACCCAGUCGCUGGCAUUCGUUGGAUCUAACUUCGUGGUGAAUCACACCUACUGCCACGUCAAAGUGGGAGCAGCUGCAGAAACUACCUUCCUCGCAAGUGUCACCGACGCCAGCAAUGCUGCCUGUGACGUCACACAUCCUCCGACGUCAUCCCAAAUACUGGUAGCCUUGAGUCUGAACAAAGUGGACAAACUCGCCAGCGACACCACAGUGACGGCACAGGCCGCAGCCCCUACCCUCACCGCGGUCUUCACCAACUCGGGUGAAAAGGUCGUUGUUACAUUCAGCGCGUCCGUGAACACAGCUAGUCUCACUUCCUGUGCCGCGGUGUUCCAGGAUGUGACGUCACUCGGAUCCACUGCCACGUGCUCUUUCAAAUCUCGGACCACCAUGUUAAUUGAGAGUACCACAGCUGCACUGGAUAGCAGCUUGACGAUAAAGACUGGCGCCGUCAAAGCCUAUGAUGAAACGUAUGCCAUAGCUGCCAGUGGAACAAUCACACUGGCCAAGGGGAGUAACCCUGUCAAACCUACCGGUACCAUCCGGGGACCAAGCAAGAUCGGGUCGUGCAGUGACCUAUCCGUGAAUGCCCUCGGCAGCAGUGGCGGGGGAGGACGGGCGCUGACCUACACAUGGGCCGUGUCCCCAUCAACUGGCCUCACUCUCACCGGACAAGGUACAACUGAUCUCUCCGUGACCGGCACGAUGAAUGGAGUGACGUACACCGUGACCUUGACCGUGUGCAACUUCAUGAACGAGUGCGACAAUACCCCGACGACAACCGUAGAGAAGCUUACGACAGCCAUACCAGACGUUUUCGUCACAGCUGGUGCUGACGUCAGCAAUGUUAUCGCAUCCGAGGGUUUUGAGCUGAAAGCGAACGCUAAGCUGACAAGCUGUGUGGACGACACUCUGAUGUUCUCAUGGAGCUUCAGCGACUCCCGCGUCGACAUCAACACCGUCGACCAAACGCGCAGGGUGUACAACGUCCGGGCCGGAGAUCUGCCAGGUGAUGUGACAUUAACGGCGACAGUGACGGUAUCACUGGCCAGCGACACCACAAGGACAGUUCAGGCCAGUAUCUCCCUCGUUACCAAGUCAACGCCUCUUGUCGCUCUUAUCAAAGGAUCGGACACGGUUACCAUAGGAACACAGACGGGCCAGCUCGAGCUUGACGGAAGUAAUUCCCGUGACCCGGAUGGAGCUGCUGGCAGUCUUGUGUAUGAGUGGGCAUGCAUCGUGCAGAUAGCGUCGUCAACAGCUACAUGUCUUGAUCCCACCGGAUCUACCUUCCCGACAAGUUCUGAGCGCUCUUCAGCAACGUUGACGAUGGCGACGACUCGGUUGUUGAGCGGCAAAACCUACUUAUUUACACUGACCGUCAGCAAGUCUAGCGGGAGUACCACGAGGUCCAACAGCGCCUCCGUCACAGUCGUCACUGUGGAGGGCACGCCACCAAAGAUCACGUUCAGAGACCUGGCCAAUGACGGUAAAGUUAACUCGAACGGCGUCUUCACACUCACAGCUAUCGUAGAAUCUACGACGACAGUGACCUUCACCUGGGAUUCAGAGGUCAAGGCUGGUUAUGGCUUUGUGGACUUGACCAACACCGACAACCUGCAGACCACGCCCACAUUGACGACCAUCUCAACCAACACAUACGUCACAGUGCUGUCAAUCAAAGCAGACAUCCUACAGCGAGGGACGAAUUACCGCUUCAGGUGUACUGUCAACGACGCAAACGGAAAGUCUAACGUGGCAGCGAAGGAAGUCUAUGUUUAUAAUGGCGUCACUUCCUGUUCCAUCACCGCGCCCACGUCCUAUCAACAACUAGAUUCGAUCAGUCUGACUGUGACCAAGUGCUUCACCGACAGUGACGGCAGUCCCCUCACCUACACCCUCUACCAGGUGAAGGGCGGCAGCGACACCUCCUUCCCCCUCUCCACAACUCAGGACAAUGGGCAGUUUGUGGUCAACGUCGGCCCUAAGGAUGACGGGUCUGGGAAGAACGUCUUCGCCGUUAAGGUGUGCGCAAACAAAGGAGGCUGUACGGUUUAUAAAACGGGGGACAUCACCGUGACGGCAGUUACUGCAGCUGCCCUGGCGGCCAAGGAGACGGCAGUGCUCGGCAACAUCAACACGCUCACGAAAGAAGGUAAUCCCUUGGAUGCUGCCGUCUCUCUCGGUAUCUACAUGUCUGCCGUCACCGCAAGUGUCAGCCGACGUCGACGUAGCGCUGAUGAAGCCUUAGAACGUUACAGACGUAGCGCAGUCGUCACCACAGACCUUGCAACCCUACAGAUAGAUCUCGUCAACAAAUCCCUCAAUACCAUAAACCUGAAAGAGUCAGUGGGAAACACGUUGUAUGGUGUUCUGGGCUCGUUACCCGCGACGACAGUCAGUGACAGCGACAUGCAGGUGGUGACAGGGUUCUACUUGACCAUCACAAACUUUUUCCAAACAAAUACAAUCAAAAUGCAGGUAAGCAGUGUUCAGCAUUUAAACACGUGGACUGUGUCCCUGACAGCAAGAUCGAUAACUGGUAGUGUUGUUACGGAUCUGACUGCAAAGGCAAAGAAAGCCGCCAGGCUUGGAUAUCAAUUGGAGGAGACUCAGACCUUCACCUUGUCUCAGUCAACCCGGAAGUACAUGUUCGUCAUACCCGGGACUGGCCACGUCAGCAAGGACACGGACAGUACCGUGAUCAGUUUUGGAGACACCCUACGGAAACAGUUUGCGUCCUGGUCGUGCAGCUCGGGAACGUGCGAGGGCGUCGGCGUCGAGAUAACAACCAGCAACACCGGUGUCGACCCCUACUCGACCACCAGCGACGACAUCAAGCAGAGAGCUACAGACGUCCUGGAAAUAUUGCUCAUUGAUCCAAAAUCAGGGGCUGAGAUAUCUAGUAUCACUGGACUGAGCAGCCCUGUGACCAUGACCUUCGUUGUGACGCGGCCUCAGUCUGGGACGUCCUUGACCUGCAAGUACUGGAACACGCUCAGCGCGAGAUGGGAGACGGACGGAGUGACGACGUCAUCACAGUCCACGAGCUCCCUCACAUGUUCUAGUGACCAUCUUACUGGCUUUUCAGGUUUUGCGGAAACAACAGAUCCAGCCACAGCCAAAUCAGAGCAAACAGGUUUAAUCGUUGGAAUCGUCUUCGGCGGUAUCAUUGGGAUGUGUGUCAUUGUAGGUGUCGCCAUCGUCAUAGCACUCGCCGUCAACAAGAAGAACAAGGUGAACAUAGUCGAGGCCAUAUCUCCUCCACUCGGACCAGAGCCCUGAAUGACGUCAUCAGUGACGUCAUGAUUCGCCUGCCUAUCAGGUUCUUCCUUUAAUAUGUUGGCUGGUAAUUGGGAUCUACUUUACUUGCAGUGAUUUGAAGGGUUUUUAGAUAUUCUGACGUAAAAAGGUUGAUCCUUAAGUUCGUGCGUUCCGUUUAUGACAAAAGCGGAAUUUAUUGGAGUUUUAAUUGUAUCAAUAUUUGUAUAACAAAAUGAUUAUAUAUUUAUACAAAUGAAAGAAACUGUAUCAUUGAUGUACGUAUUACGUAUAAUUUGGUAAAUUAGGGCACAUUUUUUUAUUCGUGCCCGAAAUGUACGCCUGUUACACAUUACAUACGGUAUGACGUCAUAUUCUCGUGGCACCAUUACAACUAGCGGGAUGGCAUGUUGCCGAGGUGACCAUGGACAGAGCACCCGUUUUAUCAUUGCAGUGCUGUCUGACACACACACACCCACCCCUCACCCCCCGCCCCAGCGUCUUUGCUCAAAUUCAAGUUUGAUGGGUACUGAGACAUUAAUAUACAAUCUCACUUCACCAGAACUCAGUAUGCUUUCUAUGAACCGUCAUGAGACAUGAACAUAUACCCCUGAUCUAAGUAUAAUGUUUCCGUUUGAGUAUCGAAAUGUAAACAAUUUAAUGACAUCAAGGGUAUGAGUAAAAAAAUAAUUAAAUAUCCAGCGGAUGAUUUACAAGAUAACAUUGCGAGUAGUAUUUGAAGAGGCUGUGCCGAGGGGUUUCCAUGACAUCAGCUUACCAUAACGCAUUAUUGCUAACGGAUGAUGUGUUUGACUUACAACGAAGUAAACUUCAAUGAAACCCGAACUUGUACAUACCUGAAGCACAUACAGAUGUAAUGUUUUUUUAUAAAGUUGGUACGACUCUGUGUACGAUUCUGAUGCUUCGCGUUUCUGUACAUGCAAUCUCUUUAGUUUUAAAGUGCAUCUAUCGUUCAUCUUCUUCAACAUACGAGAGGAACGAUGGUGCAUUUAAACCGUAGUUCAUACAAAGUGGUUUUCCUGUCGGUUAUAUCGCAAUAAGUGUGACCGUAGACAUUAUUCUUUUAUUUUAUUGUCAGACCUGGUUGGUCUACCUUUACUCCACGUGAUCUGGCAGGUCUAUAAAAGUAUAACUCAUUUAACUGAAAAAAUAUAUUUGUUUACAAUAUUGCCCAUGCUUAUAAAAAUAUCGGGUAACUCGUCCAUAUUUGCACUUGCGGAUUUGAACGUUUUUAUGGAUGAUAAUUUUAAUUGCAAUAUUCUAUUACAGAUAUUUGUAGUUGACUCGUUGAUUUGUAGCUUAUGAUGAAACUCGGUGGCUUCAGUCCACCAGCAGAAACAUCGACCACGUUCAUAUAAAUAUAAUACGUCAUUGUCAGAACAACAAGGCACAAUUAUCCGACGAAAGAGAUGCAAUUUGGCAUAAAUGGCAAAUAGCUGUGAAAUUCUAUGAAAAUCAGUGAUGACACCGGGUGUUUGCUGUGUUCAUCCAUAGGUGAUUACACGACGGAGAGAUUCCGUUACCCCAGCAACAAUAGUUUUACUUCAGAAAGUAAAAGCGACAAAACCCUUUCCAUGUCCGUAAGAAAUAUCUGCCCAAAUCAGAGUCGAUUGUCCGAUUCCGCUGAUAUCAUGAGCAUGUUGCGGCGAUAUUUCAUAUAUAUUUCUGGAUUUAUUUUUUAAGCUUUUGAUAGAGUUACGAAGCGGAAACCUGGCUCGCUUAUCAGCAUUAACUGUUUCAGUGUUUCUUGACUGAGUCGACAACGGGUCGUGAUAGCCCAAUAAGGGCUAUCGUGGUUACCUGGGAGAUAUUGACCUGACACAUACCACAUGCAUUAUCAGCGAAUUCCUCUGUCAGGUCAUUCUGUGAUCCAGUGUGAAUAUUUUCUGUUAAAACCGUUACAUAUAUCCAAUGUUACUGUGGCAUGUACAUCAUACCGAUUACGUAAAUACGUUUUAGAGACCAUUUUGCUUCCUCUAAAUUGUAAAACGAAAUGUACUUGUGAUGUAAUUUGUUGUUAGACAUAGAGACAAUUUUAUCUAACAAUUAAGAAGAGACAUUGUAUCAAACAAUACUCCAAAAAAUAUAUAUUUGUUUAGAUUGCAAGUGAAAUUAUGCGUUGUUCUCUUAUUGGUGACGUAGUUGAACUUUCUACCGCGCACCCAUUCACUGCUGGGUGAACAGAGGCGUAUUUCCACCUGCCUAAGGAGACACCACAUGUGCCACAACUUAUCUUAUUACAACAAUGACUGACCUUUUUUGUCAUAUCAUAUAGCAUAUUUUCAUAUAGCAUACCACCUUUUGAAGACCGUUGAAUUAAUUUAUUCCGCAAAUAUUGUAAAUUGGUAAAGUGCUAAUUACCUGGUAUUCAAACGUGUCUGUGAUUUUAUGACAAGUUAUUGUGUUAUGGAAAUAUGUUGUAAAAUAUUCGAAAGUUGCACAUGUACAUACCCUAUGUUAAUAUUCCCUUUUUACCAUUCCGUCCAAUUCAUGCUGUACCGGCGCGGCAUGGCUUCUAGUUUUCGUCCCGGUUAGAUAGUGUAGAAACUGUCAUAUUGACUUCGCUAAUGCUAAUUACCAGCAAGUCAUGACACAGUGUUGCAGGGUCCACAGUUCAUUUAUGGCCUGGGUGGGGUCAGGAACAAUUUACAGGAGGGUGGUCAUGGGAAAUGCACAUCUGUAGAGGUAAAUCAAAGCAGGCAUCAGUGAACUGAUCCGGCAAUAAGGAGUGAUGAAACCCUCUUAAAUGAGGGGUCUGGGGAGGGCAGCCUUUUUGUACAGUCAACACCCCCACCCAACACACACACAUGUAAUCUGAAUGUCGAUUGUGAACAUUUAUGUUCAAGCCCGCGUACAUGUACUUGCAGACGGCAGCGGUUGAAAUAUUUUAGACAAUAGAAGAUCCUAUUCACUAACUUUGUGUUUAUACACACUAGUCACUAUAUUUAUAUGUAUUUUCACCUUGUUAAUAAAGUCAUGAUUUUCUUAGUUGUUAUAAAAGAUCUACAGAUAUUUUUACAUUUAAAAUAUACAUUUUUCUGUGUGUAAAUAAACUUGGCAAUAUAUCUUUCAUAAAUACCCUUUCUGACUGUGAUUUUAUUGUACGUCGUUCAAAUAGAUACGGUCUGAUGUUCGUGUUUGUCUGCACCUCGGAUGUCAACCCUGUAUAGUUAUAUUAGCUCCAUGCGAGUUGCACUGCUCAACAUUUGUUAGGACUAUUGGGAUGGAAUUAUUUCAGACUAGAUAUUUCUUCAGCUGAGGCUGCAAACCCAGAUGCGCCAGAUGCAUUUGGUCAAUGAAAAACUAUGCGCCUAAAUUUCUUUUUUUACAUCAUCUUACAACAAUGUUAUUUUGUGGCAGACAAUUGCUUUUUAUCAAGGGUCUAUAGCGGAAUUAGCUUUUUUCGUGCAUUUCUGGGACAGUUUAUGUUUUCAAUAAAAUUCAAGCAGCAAGAAUAUCGAAUGGUCGGUCCCUUGAAGAAAUGACAAAUUAUUUAUUUCUAUUUUUCAUUUUAACCAUUGUUAUUUAGACAUGUUGAGAAGUGUAAUUUGUAUCCAUAUUUAAUGCUACAAACGUUUGUAUUUGCGAAUAGUUAGUUUGGGUUAUUUUACCUUCGUCUAAUCCGAACAUUCUUUUUUGUUGCGAAAAUUAAAUUGUUUUAAAUUUAUGAUUAAGUUAAGAUCACUCGUUACAAGUAUGUAUCUUGUUGUUAUCGACGAAUCACAACCGACGCCUGUGAUAUGAAUGUUUGUUUGUACUGAGCGUGUUAAUUUGUUGUCAUCGUUAUUGUUGCAUCUUCUGUGAAUAAAAAAGCAAUGAUUUUGUCUAAGAAUGA